AUGAAUAUAACGAAAAGAUCUUUGUGUGCUUUCCCUAUGCGAUUUUACUCUACAGUAAAGAACAUCGCCAAAUACAACACAAUCCAGGACAUCAGAAACAAAUACCUUGCUGGUACACCUUUGUCCAUGUGCACCGCACAUGACUUCAUCACUGCUACAUGGGUUAACAAAGCUAAUUGUGAUUUGCUUCUAGUCGGAGAUUCUUUAGCGAUGACUUCAUUGGGUUAUGAUAGCACAAUUACACUUUCGUUGAACGAAUUCAAAUAUCAUGUUUCAUCUGUGUGCAGAGCUGAAGGUUCUUCCAUGGUGGUUGUAGAUAUGCCAUUCGGUACAUUUGAAUCUGACAUGUCUAAAGGCUUGAAAAAUGCCAUAGAUAUCAUGAAAUUGCACAGUAAAGUCACUUCUGUCAAAGUAGAAGUAGGUUUAUACAGUACGGACAAAUAUACCAUGAAAUAUAUCGAGGAACUGUGCUCCAGAGGUAUCCCUGUUAUGGCUCAUAUAGGAUUAACACCGCAAAAAGUACAUUCACUUGGAGGUUAUAAGGUGCAAGCAAACAAGAGUCUGUUACAAAUGCAGGAGUUGUUCGAAACGGCCAAGCAAUUGCAAAAAAUCGGCUGCUGGUCUAUCCUCAUUGAAUGCGUUCCUCAUAAAAUGGCUCAAUUCAUGACAUCUAAACUUUCCAUACCAACAAUAGGUAUUGGUGCAGGUAAUGGUACUAGUGGGCAAGUUUUAGUCAUAUCCGACCUUUUGGGGAUGCAAGGUGAAUCGGUCCCAAAAUUUGUCAAGCAAACUGUAAACAUGGCAGAUAUUGCAACUCAGGGCUUGAAAGAGUAUAUUGCUAAUGUGGAAGAUAGAACAUUUCCUGAAAAAGGCCCACACACUUUUAAAGUUAAAGACGAAUUGUGGAGUGAAUUUCUUUCUUCAGUUAACGAAAAAUAG